AUGUCUGGUCUCCUGCAGAAGCAGAAAUCUUCACCGACCACAACCUCAUCAACUUCUAACUCUUAUUCCAUCCCAAACGUGCACCCAAGAUACAGAGAACUGUAUACGACUAUCGCCGCGGAGACUUUACUUGCUGAAAUUAUUGAUGGUAAAUGGGUAUACCGUUUUGCUAACCACCCUAGAUUUUAUUAUUGUGCUUUUAAUAUGAUUCAAAGAAAACGAAUUUUACAACAAAGUCCUCUACGAUCAGCUCUAGAAUCUUCAAACCUUUCUGCAACUAUCUCUGCUGACAGUAACAUCGACGACGAUUGGAGAAAUUGGAGGAAUACUUUUGCCGAUACGGUGUCACACCACAUCCCAUCUACAAAGAUACGUGGCCGGAAUUAUGUGCCGUGGAUGAACAGCGCCAUACUACACAAUAUCAAAAAGAAAAGUUCUCUACGAUGUAAGGUGAUAAAAUCUAAAAUAUCAAAAGAACAUCUUGAAGCAAAAAUCAAGGAACUUGGAGCAACCAUGAAGAAAAUGUUGCGUGAUAGUCGCUCAAUGUAUAUAAACUGUGUUUGUGCAGACCGCAACAAUAAUCCGAAGCGCUUUUGGUCGACAUUCAAAUUGAAAUACAAGGUUCGCAACGUUCCUGAGAAAGUGCCGAUGGCUGAAAGUGAAGGUGCAAGAACAUCUGCAGAAGCGCCUGAAGCCAUCGCAUCUAUCUUCAAUACCUACUUCACUUCAAUCUUCAUCAGAGAUCAACCUAGCACGGAAAAAGAUAUGCGUACGAUCGACGCAGAUCGUGACCAUUCUACAAACACCGCCUUGUUGGAAGACAUCACGUUAACACCAGACCAUGUUGCUGCAGUCUUAAGAACUCUUGACAACGAUAAAGCACACGGACCGGAUGGUAUCCCCGCUCGUCUACUUACAGAAACAGCGUACCUGAUAGCACCAUCGCUUUGUGAUCUGUUCAACAAGUCAAUGCGCACUGGAGUAUUACCGCGAGAUUGGAAACUGGCCAAUGUCGUUCCUGUUUUUAUGAAUGGAGAUAAGGAAAUGUUGAAAAUUACAGACCAAUAUCUCUGCUGUCUUUAA